CCCACUUCCGGCUCGGUCCGGCGCAUGGCGGCGGACGGCGGAGCGGCGGGCCCGGCCGCCUCUCGGGAACUGCUGGUGGUGGGGCGGCGAGGAGGGCUGGAAGAAACUUUGUUGAUUAGUUCAAAAUGUAGCAGCAAGAAGGCCACAACUUUACAGACAGUUAGGAUGCCAAGGAGUAAUGUUUUGGACCGAGUACAGAGCUUUUUACCGCAGAUGGCUCAUGCAAAUGAUGAGCUGAGAAGAAAAAUGGUAACAGCACCAGCUCAUCAGUUUGAUAUUGAAAAUUUAGACACUGCAACAGAAAAAGUUAUAGAAAUGAAUGUGGCUGUAGUUGAACUGAGUGAUUCUGACACAGAUGAAGAAAUACUAACUUCAGAAGAUGAAUCAGAAUCUGAAGAUGACUGUACAACUAAUGAAGUGACAAUAGACAACAUUAAGUUUCCUAAACAAAAAGGAGAAAAGGGCAAAAUAGAAAUUUUGGACAGCAAAGUGAAUGAGUAAAUCCAUUUUAUUUUACUUAAAACAACCCAACAAAACAAAACAACAAAAACCCAAAUCAUGUUUUCUUACUUUGAAGACUUGGCCCUUAAAACUACCUUGUUUCCCAAUGUAGCAUCAUCCCUCAGGAUCAUAUGAAAUGCCAUAGUUUACAUGGUGGAGAAUUCAGGAUCCACUCAUGACUGAGGCAGGCUGGAUUUCUGAAGAAUUAAGUACGGUUUUAUUCAUCAAACAACAUGAAAAUGAACUUCAAAUUAGGUUAGACUAAGAAAGCAGCUAGAAUUUGGGGCACUUGAACUAGUUAAGUUAAAAUUCUUGUUCUGUUGCUUUGUUGAAGAAAGAUUUUUGUAGUGUGCUGGAAGUUUUUGCUUCAAGGGCAGGACAGAGUUAACUAGGGAAAAAAGCUUUGGUUUUUAUAUUCCAUGUCCUGUGAGGUGUUAUGUACAAUGUCUUCAAUAUUAAACAUUAUCUUAAGGUA